CCCCACGUCUCGCCGCCAUCGUCGCCCGGCCCCGCGUGAGGCGGCCUGCUGCAGCUCGGCGGACAUGUGGGCGGCUCUCCGCGGGCUGUGGGGGCUCCACGCGGGGCUCCUUCUGGGCGGCGCCCGAGGCCUGCACAGCUCGCCGGUCUUCUGCGGCAAGAACCUACUCAAGAAGUUUGCUGCGAAAACCAAGAAGAAGUUUUGGUAUGAAGGUCCUUCCUUGGGCUCUCACUUGACUCACAAGCCAUCACAGUUGGAAUUCCUAGUGAAGAGCACCUCCAAGAGAACCAGGAAGGAAGACCAUGUGCGCCUGAGGGCCCUGAAUGGCCUUCUCUACAAAGCGCUGACGGAUCUGCUGGGCACGCCCGAAGUGAGCCAGGAGCUCUAUGACCUGAAUGUGGAGCUCUCCAAGGUCUCUCUGACUUCAGACUUCUCUGCCUGCCGCGUGUUCUGGAGGGCGACCCUCUCGGAGGUGCAGAACACAAACACGGAGGCCGUCCUGCGGAGGAGCGCUGCGCACAUGAGGCACAUUUUGAUGUCCCAGCAGACCCUGAGGAACAUGCCACCAAUAGUGUUUGUUCGGGACAGAAAAAACGCAGCUAUGGUGGAGGUUGAUCGGUUACUGGCAAUUGCUGAUUUUGGACCCCCAGACGAAAAAGACUUUGUGCAAAAUGAUUUCAGGUGCGACCCUGAGGCCCUGGAUACUGUGUUGCCGUGCGACACCCUGGGCCCUGCUGCUCCCUCGAGUCUGUGUGGGAUUGACCACGAGGUGCUCAACAAGCAGAUCCUGGAGUACAAGAGGAGGAGAGGGAAAGGGCACGGGAGCGAGGGCCCAGGGUGGCCAGAGCACGCGGCUGAGCUGACGAAGCAGAUGAGGAAGAGCAAGGCCAAGCCCUGCAAGGACCGUGACCUCUCUCCCAAGGACUACCUGUCAGGGGUGGGGAGUGACGAGCCCCCGGGCAAUGGAGGGGCCCUGCCUGAGGAGCACACCCCGGGGUACACGUGGGGGCUCCAGGAAGCCGGGCAGGAGCCGGAGGCAGAGCGGAGGGAUCACGAGGGGCGUGGAGCCUGACCUGACCCCUGCGAGCACACGGAGAGGACCUUGCUUGGAGACAUGCCAGCCGGUGCCGGUGCCUCCCAGGGCGCCCAUGUGCAGGUACAGGCUGUGCUGCAGUGGGAGGGGCGAGGCCUGUGGAAGGGGUGUGGACACCUCUUCGGGCGAUGGCGGUGGUGUAGGGUCCGUCCUCCUUAUUUGGGAUUCCACAUUUGCACGUUCGCCUGCUCACUAGAGAGUUCCUCCAUGGCCCCCAGGUCCAUGCUUGUGCUUUUGUGGUCAUUCUCGGACAUGCGCAGACAGGUGGGCUCUUGAGUGCUGUGAUGCACGUGUGACCUCACGUCCACAUGAGGCGCUGCUCUGGCUACUUCUCCCAUCUUGGGCUGUAAACGGCUGUCCUGUCUGCGGCUGGGUUAGCACCGCUUUCGUGCCUUUCGAUGGAGAUUCCAUUCAUGGCGCUGAAGUGCUGUCUAGUUUUCCUAAGUGCAGGAGGCUGUGAUGUGUCUUCUAGAGAAAGCACGUGUGUUAGGAAAUAAAGCAUUUAAGUCCAACACAGAGAAACGUUGUCCUGGGCUUGGCGCAUCUCCAUUUUGUAAGUACCGUCAACCUUGAAAUGCUGAAAGUGCUCCUAACAGUUCAGAUAAUUGGAGAAAGGUACACUGCUUAAGAUAAAGCAAGGAAACCUGUAACACG